GAUGGGGAGGGAGUCGCAGCAAGCAAGCACCGCCUGUUGACCCAGCACACCGUUUGUCUGGUGACGGCAGCGUGCAGCCACACAGCCGCCCAGCCCACCACACCAGCUACACACGCAACCUCCAACACUGGACGAGAGAAACUUUCAUCCGGCUUUUCUGUGAGAAGACGAAAAAAAUAGAAAGUGAGGUGAGAUGACGUACUCGGGUCGCUGUGUCGUUGUGGCGGUUUUCAUCGUACUUCUCAUCGGAGUCGGCGUCGGUAUCGCCAUCGGCUAUUUCGUCAUCCCAGAUAAAAAGGAUAAAGGAAGCAGCGCAAGUACACCUGCCACGAUCGUCACCAAUGCGAGAUCCGAGAACAUUCAAAGUUACAGGGACCAAUGCGAGGCAAACGUCCGGCUAGCCGAAACCUGCAGACCUGCCCUUCCUCGAUAUUACGUCACGCACCGGAAGUCAGGGAACAUCACUAUCGAUGGCCGUCUGGAUGAUCCCGCCUGGCAGAGCGUCCCUUGGACCGAGAACUUUGUUGACAUCCGCGGAGUCAACUUCCCUGCCCCUCGUGAGGCGACUCACGUGAAGGUGAUCUGGGACGACACCACGAUCUACGUGGGCGCGCGCAUGCAGGAGGAGCACGUGUGGGCUACUUACAGACAGAAGGACACACGCAUUUAUCAAGAGAAUGCAUUUGAGGUUUUCUUUGAUGUUGACAACAGUAUGUCUUGGUACAAAGAAAUUGAAAUCAACGCUUUGGAAACAACAUGGGAUCUGCAGCUCUCCAGGGCAUACAUCGACGGAGGAGACUGGAUGGACUGGGAGGGCAUAGCAGAGAAAGGGGUGUUCACAGACGGGGGAGUGAACAACAUCAGCAAUCCAUCUACAUACUGGUCAAUGGAAAUGGCGUUUCCUAUCUCCAGGCUUGUAGAAAAUACUACCAGAAGUAACACAUCGCCUAAAGAUGGAGAAUACUGGUUCGCCAUUUUCGCAAGGCCAGAAUAUCAGACAAGGGAGAAUACAACUACUGGGCAGUAUGAAGUGGUACCAGGCUCAGAAACAUCUUGGUGGUCUUGGAAUCCUACAGGCGCGACCAAUCUUCACCUACCUAACAGGUGGGGCCUUCUGUAUUUCUCCUCUAAGCCCGCAGGAAGCGCUGACUUCUCGGAUCGCGAGGUAACUUUCAGAAACUGGUCCAUGUACCAGGGCCUCUUCCAACUGUUUGAAGAUGUCUGGACUUUCAAGAAACUGAACAACAUGUUCCCAGACGACCAACGCCUGUACAAAGUACCGCCUUUUAUUUCAGACUGUUUUGCCUCCUACACUGUGAACGUCACAGAAGAUGGAAACGGUUUCACCGCAACAUUAACAGCUCUGGAUAAUCCACUCUUUAAAGGAUCCAUUGACCAAAACCGUAAAGUCACCUUCACGGGUGCUUAGGGGAUGUCUUGGGUUACUUGUUGUAUUGCCAGAUUCUGACUCUUGAAACGCUGAUUAUUUCAAAAAAGGUGCAUGAAGUAUAGAAUAGGGAACACCUGAUCUUAAAAUUGUUUAACUGCCUAAAUAGACAGAAAAAGCCUUUUUUAAUUACUCUGAGCAAAGAAAAUAUAGUUAUUUUGUCAUUUAGAAUUUCUUAUUAAAAUCACCCUAGAAAAUUACUCCAAAAUUAAGUUGCUUUUAAUCAGACUAUUAGUCAAAGCAUACGUUUAAUGUGUAUUGCUUUUGAUGGCCUCUUUGAUCUCUGAGGGUCGGGUUAUAAUUGUUUUAUCUCAAUUCAAUAAUUAUAAUUUUUCAAACGUAGUUCUUCUCAUCCAUCGGCUUCACCUGUAUCGUUGUUAUAUGUUAUAAUUUGAUUUUGAAAUCAAUUUUUUGUUAUCGCUCAUUGCAUUGGUUUCUUCCAUUUCUUUUUGAGUGCGUGCGUAUGUGGAAGUUAACGUUCGAUAAUAAAGUUUAUUUGAAAUAUUUA